UGAAUCAAUUGCUGCGUUAAGCUGAGGCAUCGUCGCGGUCAUCAUCAAUUCAUCAUCGUCGUCGAACGUGGAGCUCAACUACUAAACCAGAUCGACUCUGUUCUCGUCGGAAUAUCCUUACGGUUAACCGGCGUUACUCAUCCACCUUUUCAUUUCCGGUUCUUGUUGAAUUCUUAUCUGUUUGAUCAUAUGCGUGGCUGCUCGUGUGUCGAGAUUGUUAAUGGAAGUUUCCAAGUGUGAUUUAGAGUUGCAUCAAUUUCUUAGAUAUGAUUCCGUCAGUGGACUCUUUAUUUCGAAUCACUUGUUGUUUAGAUGAAUGAUGAUACUCCAGCUGAACAAAAACGAUAUCAACAAGGUUUCAGAUGAAAUGGAGAGUCAUAAUAGUGUGAGGUAAUCUUGGAUUGUUCAGUUUGAGUCCAUCACUAAAGUUUAAUAGGUAUGAUCCUGAGCAAUUGUUGGGAUUGGAAUAUGCGAUGAAGAAAAAGUAUGGAGGAUUGUUGCCUAAGAAGAUUCCUUUGAAAUCUAUCUAAGGGCCAUGUGUGUUCUCUUUGUUUUCCUGCUACUGUCUCUUUCUAUGUGGUGUGCGAUUUUUACAUAAGAGCACCUAAAGUAAGCAAUUCACAGCAAAAAAUAAAAGAAGAAGCUAAUAGCUUGAAUUUGCCAUUUUUAAUCAGCAAAAAGGGCAUUUGGAAGCUCUCCGGCCAAAACUACAGCCAACCCCGCACCAGCAACCAAGAGCAAGACGAAUGGCUUUAUCUUCAGACGCUGACGACAACGAACCUCUAGAUGAUCACCAAUGUUGCGCAUCAGCUGUUGAAAAUACCAACUUGAAGGAUGAUGGAGGCAGCUAUGCUGACGCAAAAGAUAACAUCAAAUAGAGAUCUCUUGGGGGAGCAAAACAAACAACAUCACAAGGCCAAUUUGCAAAUGACAAGAGGCCCAAGAUUACAGUAAUAGAUCAAGUAGAGACUAAAGGGCCCUUGUGAGCUUACCCAGAAGUGGAGUCUCUCAAGCCUCAACCUUUUUGCGGGGUUGGUGGUGGAAGAAAAACUAUGUAAGUCAACUUUUUAACCACUUUAUAAAAAAAUUUAAAAAUUUAAAACUUGUGGUACUACAUCAAAGAUUGGCAGGGAGUCUCCCUUUUCAUCUAUACUAUACAUAAAGUUUUUUUAACACAAGAAAGACUUGACUUGAGAGUUGGAUCUUUUUCAUGGCUCUUUAUCCUUCGCCUUUGCCUCGCAACUGGAUACAUGAUGUCUUUCCAAGCUUCCACGGGGCAGAUGUUCGCAAAAAAAUUCUUAGUCACGUUCUCAAGGAGUUCAAAAGAAGGGGGAUCGACACGUUCAUCGAUAAUAACAUAGAGAGGAGCAAGUCUAUCGGUCCCAAACUCAUAGAAGCUAUCAGAGGCUCGAGAGUUGCGAUCGUCUUGCUCUCAAAGAACUACGCGUCUUCCACAUGGUGCCUGAACGAGUUGGUGGAGAUUACCAAGUGCAGAAGAGAGUUUGGUCAAACAGUGAUGCCCGUUUUCUAUGAAGUCGAUCCAUCUGAUGUGAAGAAGCAAUCCGGAGAGUUCGGGAAAGUCUUUCAAGAUAUCUGUAACGGUAAAAAAGAGGAGGAUACUAGGACAUGGAGAGAAGCUUUGGUGGAAGUGGCCACAAUAGCUGGAGAGCAUUCGAGCAACUGGUGUAGUGAAGCGGAGAUGAUUGAAAAAAUUGCGGCUGACAUCUCAAACGUGUUGAAUGAUUCUGUUCCAUCGAACUAUUGUGAUUCCUUAGUUGGGGUUGGAGCUCACAUGGAAAAGAUGAGGUCCUUGUUAAGCCUAGAAUGUGAUGAAGUGAGAAUGGUAGGGAUUUGGGGUCCUGCAGGAAUUGGCAAGACAACCAUCGCCAGGGCUUUAUAUGAAAAUCUUUGUAGUAACUUCACCCAUACAGCUUUCAUGGAAAGUUUAAAAGGAGGUUAUACUAGAAAUUACCUCGAAAAUUAUGAGUACAUGUUGCAGUUACAAGAACAGCUUUUGUCUAAGACAUUCAGUCACAAGGAGUUGAAGAUAGGUCACUUGGGAGUGGCACAAGAAAGAUUGAAAAACAAGAAAGUGCUUAUUGUUCUUGAUGAUGUGGAUAGGUUAGUCCAACUAAACGCCAUGGCAGACAAACCUGAAUGGUUUGGUUGUGGAAGUCGAAUUAUCAUUACAACGGAAGAUCUAAAUCUCUUAAAGGCACAUGGGAUCGAUCAUAUUUACAAGGUGGAUUAUCCAAUUGAUGAAGAGGCACUUCAAAUCUUCUGCACAUAUGCUUUUGGUCAAAACUCCCCUGAAGAUGGUUUUGAGGAGCUUGCACUGGAAGUUACAAACCUUUCUGGGAAACUCCCAUUGGGAUUAAGUAUAAUGGGCUCCUACUUCCGGGGAAUGUCCAAGCAUGAGUGGAUCAAUGCACUACCAAGGUUAAGGAGUAGGCUUCCUGAUGAUAUUAAGAGUAUUUUAAGGUUUAGUUAUGACGCAUUAUGCGAUAAAGAUAAAGAAUUAUUUCUUUAUAUAGCUUGCUUUUUCAAUCUUAAAAGCAUUGAGACACUAGAAGAUCAUCUUGAAGGGACAUUCUUGAGCUUGAGUCAUGGGCUUCACAUCUUAGCUGAAAGAUCUCUAAUAUCUCGCGAGUAUGGAUUUGUAAAAAUGCAUAGUCUGCUAGUACAACUAGGUAGAGAUAUUGUUCUUAGCCAAUCUAUGUAUGAGCCUGGAAAACGUCAAUUUUUGGUUGAUGCUAAAGAUAUCUGUGAAGUUCUCGCUAAUGAAACAGGUAGUGAAAGUGUUGUGGGCAUGGAUCUUGACUUAUCUGAGAUCAACAGAGAAUUUAAUAUAAGCGAUAUAACCUUCAAAAGAAUGUGUAAUCUCCAAUUUUUAAGAUUCUACUCAAGAUUUGAUGAUAAUGGUGACAGCAAAUUACACUCUCCACAAAAUCUGAAAUACCUAUCACUGAAACUUAGAUUACUACAUUGGGAUUACUUUCCGGCCACAUCUUUGCCUUCUAGGUUUAGUACAGAGUUCCUCGUCGAAUUAAACAUGCGUAACAGCAAGCUAAAUAAGCUGUGGGAAGGAGUUCAACCUCUUCAAAAUCUCAGGUGGGUGGAUUUGAGUCAUUCCUCAGACAUGAAGGAGCUUCCUGAUCUGUCAACUGCCACUAAUCUCUUGAGUUUGGAUCUCAGUUAUUGCACAAGUUUGAUGGAACUACCCUUUUCAGUUGGGAAUGCAACUAAUCUCUUGAUAUUGAAUAUCGAGUAUUGCAAUAAUCUGGUGGAGAUACCCUCCUCUAUCGAGAAUAUUCAUAAUGUCAAGAUAUUUUUCGCUGGGUGCUCAAGUUUGGUGAAACUCCCCUCUUGUGUAUGGAACAUCACUAGUCUCACCACUUUUAAUCUCCAGAGUUUCUCUAGUUUGGUCCAGAGCCCCUUAAUGUGGAAUGCCAAGAAUUUCCAGGAGUUAGAUCUCAGUGGAUGCUCAAGUCUGAAGAUACUCCCCCCUAUUGUAAUCGACACUAAAUCCAAGGUCUCGCUUCUCAAUGGAUACUCACACUCGGCAGAAUUCCCAUCCUCUGUUGGGAGUGUCAAUAAUCUUAUUGAAUUGAUUCUUAGUAACUGCUCAAGUCUGGUGGAUGCUAAUAGCCUAGGAAUAUUGGAUCUUAGUGGAUGCUCAAGUCCGACCAAGCUUCCCUCGUCCAUUGGUUCCAUUGGAAAUUCCAAUGGUUUCCGUAAAAUGUUGAAUUUUACUGGAUGCUCAAGUCUGAAGAAGCUUCCCUCCUCUAUUGGGAGUGUCAAUAAUCUUUUUGAAUUGGUUCUUAGUAAUUGCUCAAGUUUGGCGGAGCUUCCUGUUUCUAUUGGGAAUGCCACUAGUCUAAGGACAUUGGAUCUUAGUGGAUGUUCAAGUCUGGUGGAGCUUCCUGCUUCUAUUGGGAAUGCCACUAUUCUAAGGACAUUGGAUCUUAGUGGAUGCUCAAGUCUGAAGGUGCUCCCCUACUGUAUUGAAAAGCGGUGUCAAUCACCUGAUUUCAGUUUGAAAGGACGGUAAAGCCAGAGGUUCUUCCAACCAAACUCAACUUCCAGUCUCUUGGUGCACUUGAUCUCCCAGAAAGGACAAUAGGCAAAAGUUUCCAUAGAAGCCUUCUGCCUAAAACUGCAGAACAUCCAACCACGCAUCAGCAACCAAGAGCGAGUGGAAUGGCUUUAACCUCAGGCGAUAACACUAAAGACACUGAGACUGACAACAAAGAACCUCUCCGUGACCAAUCUUGCUCAUCAGCUGUUGACAGUACCAACUUACAGGAUGGUGGAGGCAUCGAUGGCGGACGCUGUUGAAAUUGAACAUUUGAUUAAGUACUACAGAAGAAGAAUGAAGAAGAAGAAGAUCCAAUAAGAGUAGCUGCAAAGAAGAAGAAGCUGAAACUUGGAUCGCAAGAAAAGGAGGAAGAAGAAGAGGCAACCAACGUGGACAACAAGAAGUCAACGACAAAGUUUGUUUGUGUAACCACAAGUUGCACAAUAAGAAGAAGAACAAGAAUUGGUGUUAGUUUAGUUAAAAGCUAACCAAGUUAAGUUGUUGGGAAAUAGUUGUUAGGAGUUGUUAGAGUCGUUAAUGUCUAUGAUAAGCAUUGCUUGUAAGAAUAGUCUAGUGUCUUAGGAACAUAGACUAGAAGAAGUUGUGCAAGUUUGUGUGUUGUUGUUGUAAAAUAUAUCCAAUUCUAAUUUAAAAAAAAAAACAGUUGGAGAAAGAGAAAA